CGUCGCAAGCGCAAAGCCCCACGCGACUCGAGCCCCCCACCCUUCGUCUCGUCUCCGAGGCGCCGCUCCGCUUCUCCUCUCCUCUCUUCUCUUCUCUAGUUCUCUUCGCAUGUGAGCUCGCGCCUCGCGAGAGAGGAGUGGGGGGUAGGGAGCAAUGCCGAUCACCAUGGAGAGCGGGCGCGGGCACGGCGGCGGCGGCGGCGAUCUGUUCGGCCUCGGGGGAGCUCUCCGCCCCGCGGCGGCCUCGGCGGCGGCGUCGUCGGCGGGGUGGGGCAGCGACAGCCGGGUGGGGAUGGUGCACUGCGAGGACGCCGCGGCGGCGGGGGAGGAGGAGGAGAGCGACGGCGAGGUGGAGAGCUCGUACAGGGGUCCCCUGGACACCAUGGACGCGCUCCAGCAGGCGCUGCCCCGCAGCCGCAGGAGAAGAGGGACCAAAUUCGACAAUAGCAAGUCUAGUUUCCUUGUGAGUGCUAAGGAUGAUGUGUUGUCUUCUCAACAUACUAAACCGGAAGUUCCAUCCCCUAAGAAGCGCAAGGGUCUUCUUCCAAGCUCUGUCGACAAGAACAAGUCACAGAGUAAAGAACUGAGCCCUGUUGACGAUGCCACCAGCAGCCCAACAAAUUCCACCAGCAGCCCAACAAACUGCAGGAAGGCAUUGUAUCCGGCUGUUGUAGACAGUUCUCCAGGCAAGAACAGGGGCUACGACGAGCGUGAGUGCUGUAAAAACCGGCCUUGCCAUUGCCUGCAGACAAAAAGCAUCAAUGUAAUGGAUGCCUUUGCUUCUCCACCUAUUGCACUUCUACCUGAACUAACCUCAGUUCAGACGAAACUUGUCGCGAUUAGUCUCAAUGAAGUGGCGGAGUUGACUGAUGUGAUUUCUCCUAGUGAAAAGCGGAGAAAGAAUUAGCAAAACCAGUGUUAUGACAUUUUGAUCUGUUACAACUUCAACCACCGGUGUCCAUUUUAGGCUGUGUAUCCAGUGGUGCGAAUCCAGAGAAGACUAACCGGUUAUAGUGUACAGGUUUCAGGGUUAUUCCCUUAAUAUAUAAUGAUGUAUUGAUAUAGAUA